AUGAGUGGGUUCGGUUACAGUCCAUCAACUGAUGAAUACAAAGUUGUUAGAAUCUACCACAAAGGUAAUACAUGUUGUUUUCAGGUGUUCAUACUUGUCAAUGAGAGUAAUAAAUGGACGGAGGAAAAAGAAAUCCCCUACCCGUUUUUUCAUAAUGAAUGUCAGUAUUCGAAAGGUGUUCUUGUAAACGGAGAAAUACGUUGGCUGGAUUAUGCAUCAAAGACCGUUGCCUUCAACUUAGCCAAUGAGGAAUUCCACCAGAUAGCUUCACCACCUCUUGUAGAAGGCAGUUCGUAUUCUGAUUAUAUGAAACUUUUUGUACUUGGAGACUGCUUAUGUCUUGUUCAUUAUAGAUACUCGGCAAGAGAGAGAACACAUGUUGACAUAUGGUUAUUAAAAAAGAACAAUGACAUAAGCGUGCAACAAAAUGGAUAUUGUUCUUGGAAAAAGGAGUGUACUGUGCAAGUUGAAAGAGGAAUUGAUCUUAUUCCACUCGCUUUUACCAAGAAAGGAAAGAUCUUAUUUUUCCAGGUGAAAGAUUUUAGAGAUGAAUAA